AUGCUGGCGGCGAAGCUCCGGCAGGGCGUGUUUCCUCGGCAAAAGUACGCAGCAGCGACAACCGAGCAGAUCAAGAUCGCAGUCGACCACCUAAAGUCACAAGGCAUCUACGGCAAAGAGACCGAGCCCGUGGCCAUGGUCGACUUUUCGCCGCCGGCCCUCAUCGGCAACGACAUUGACGCUCAUUUCCGGCAUAUCGGCAAGCUCGUCGCAGAGCCGUAUCUCGGCAUUGCCAAGAACUUUGUCGAAUCUGGCGGGCCCAAAGCACCCGAGCGGCCACUGCCCGGCCAGUGGGUGUUUCAGAGCGGAUGGACGCGGUACGGCAGGGAUGGGUCUGUGAGGCGGGUGGCCUGUCCUGAUGCUGGCGAUGAGUGCCUGGUGUUUGAUGUCGAGGUGCUGGUGCCAGAGUCGCCAUACUCGGUGCUGGCCACGGCAGUGUCAGAGAAUGCAUGGUACGGGUGGGUGUCGCCGUACCUGACGGGUGAGUCGCCGCACCCGCGCCAUCUGAUCCCGAUCCAAGAUCCCGCGAACCAAACCCCACGGAUCGUCAUAGGACACAAUAUCGGAUACGACCGGGCGCGCAUCCAGGAGGAGCGCCAGAUCAAGCGCCCACCCACAGCAUUUCUGGACACCAUGUCUCUUCAUGUGUCGUCAGGCGGCCUAUGCAACCAGCAGCGGCUGCACUGGGUCAAGUAUUCAAAGGCGAAGAGGGAGCAGGACGAGGAGUUUCUGAAGCUGAAUGCCGACACGGGCAAGUUCUUUGACGUCAGCUCGCUCAACAGCCUGAAGGAGGUCGCACUGCACUACUGCGGAAUUACAAUGGAUAAGGGGCGCCGCAAUGUGUUUGUCGACGGGACCUUGGCAGAGAUCCGCAGCCAGUUCAACGAUCUGAUGGACUACUGUGCAUGCGACGUCGAGAUCACGCUGCGCGUGUUCCUGAAGGUCUUCCCGGCGUUUCUGAAGAAAUGCCCGCACCCGGUGUCGUUUGCUGGCAUGCUGAUGAUGUCGGAGGGGUACUUGCCUGUAGACAAGUCGUGGACAGAGUACGUGCAAAGGUCAGAGAGGCUGUUUGAGCAGGUGUCGACCGACGUCGAGGAGAAGCUUCGCAACCUGGCCGAGGAGGCACUGGCGGUCAAGGACCCGAUGCAGGACCCGUGGCUCAAGAAUUUGGACUGGACCGUCGAACCACAAAAGUACACAAAGCCAAAGUUUAAGAAAGACGGAUCAUAUGCAAAAAACGGCGAGCCACGGCCGUAUACAAAGCAAGUGCUGCCGGGAUACCCAAAGUGGUACCGCGAGAUCUGGGACCGCAAAGAAAAGCGCGUGCAUGUGACGGUCCGGUCCCGCGUUGCUCCGUAUUUGCUGAAGCUCAAAUGGAUCGGGCAUCCACUGUACCAUUCGGCCACACAUGGAUGGACUUUCCGAGUGCCACAGGACCACUACGAUGCAGCCACAUCUGGACCUGCCAGCAUUCAUCAACAUGCGGCCCUGGAGUUUCCAGUGGACCCCGAGAACGAAAACUACGAGCCGAUUCCUGCCACAGACAAUGGCAAGUUUGUGUAUUUCAAGGUACCGCACAAGGACGGCGAAUCAGCAAACUGCGGCAACCCACUGGCUAAAGGCUACCAGACCGCAAUUGACGACGGCACACUGACCUCAACCUAUGCCAUGGCCAAGGAGGCAAUGGAGAUGAAUGCAAUGAGCUCGUACUGGACAUCAGCGCGCGAGCGCAUCAAGUCGCAGUUUGUCACCUGGGACAACGACGCCCAGGAUGCGCUCACCUCCCAGCCUCUGCAGCUUGGCCUGCCCAGCACCCCCGACAACACUCUAGGCGUGAUCCUGCCGAUGGUCGUGGCCAUGGGCACGAUCACCAGGCGUGGCGUCGAGUCGACGUGGAUGACGGCGAGCAACGCCAAGAAGAACCGGAUCGGGUCCGAGCUCAAAUCAAUGAUCCGCAGUCCACCCGGAUACAGCUUUGUAGGUGCCGAUGUCGACUCAGAGGAGCUGUGGAUCUCGGCGCUCAUCGGCGACUCGCAGUUCCGUAUGCACGGCGGCACGGCGUUCGGGUGGAUGACACUGCAGGGGACCAAGGCCGCUGGCACCGACCUGCAUUCAAACACAGCACGGAUCUUGGGCAUUGGCCGUGGAAGCGCCAAGAUCUUCAACUACGGGCGAAUCUACGGCGCAGGCGUAAAGUAUGCGACAUCGUUGCUGCUGCAGUUCAACCCGGAUAUGACCGAGGAGGUCGCUCGCCAGAAGGCUGACCAGCUGUAUGCUGCCACGAAGGGAACAAGUAUGCGCAACAAGACGUAUUUUGGAACGCCGUUCUGGCAUGGCGGUACCGAGAGCUACAUGUUCAAUGCGCUUGAAUCCAUUGCAACGUCGGAUGAUCCACGCACGCCCGUGCUGGGCUGUGGUAUCACUGACGCCCUGCGCAAGGAGGUCACCGGUGACCGGUUCAUGACUUCGCGGGUCAACUGGGUUGUGCAGAGCUCCGGCGUCGACUACCUGCACCUGCUGCUAGUUGCCGUGUCAUACUUGGCACGUCGCCAUUCAAUUGACAUGCGGUUCAUGAUCUCAGUGCACGACGAGAUCCGAUAUCUGGUGGCCGAUCGGGACAAGGCCAGAGCAGCACUAGCACUGCAGAUUGCGAAUCUGUGGGUGCGUUGCCUGUUCAGCUACCGGCUAGGCAUUGAGGACUUGCCGCAGAGUGUUGCGUUCUUCUCGGCAAUCGACGUUGACCAUGUGCUGCGCAAAGAAGUCGAUAUGGAGUGCAUCACGCCUACCAACCCAACACCCAUUCCGCCAGGAACGAGCCUUGGAAUCAGCGAGAUUCUGGAUAUGACCAAUGGCGGCCAGCUAGACACUCCAAAAGAGAGCACAGCAGAACCCAGUGUCCUGUCACAGCCCAUGCCCUUGCCCAGUGCGAAGGAGCUCGAAGCGCUGGCCAAGACGGACCCAGUCCCGCUGGAGCUGCCAAUGGAGCCGGCACACGACCUGCCGCCGCCGCGUGACACCGAGACCAUCGGCGCCCGACAGCGUCUGGCUCACAGCACAGAUGCUCAAUGGCAAUGCUGA